AUGCCCAGAAAGACCAUUUUUCUUAUGGGAGCCCCGACGUCACGGAGUUUGAAUUGGGAUGAGAACGAGCUCCUCAACUCACCUGUCGUCCCAUUCCAGGCCCAGGAUGGCCAAAAACGAGAGCACUCCCCAAAUACAGAUUGCUAUCCUGUAAAAUGGAGGCUGCUAGACGAUCGAAAGGCCUUGGGAGGGGGUGACGAAACCCCGGUCCCAGGUCGAAGGACCCUAUUUUUGACACCCCAAGACCUUACGAAGAUGAAGACCACCGUUUUGAAAGACUCAGUCCUUGACCAAUUUUACAACCACUCUUUUGCUGUCCAUGAGACGUCGGAAAUAUCCACUCCUGGUGCCCAUCCGGAGGACUCGAUGCAAGAGAGUAGUAGCUUAUUGACAGACAGCAUGGGGACCUCGUUUGCCACGUCCAGUGACCAUGAGGACUCAGGAACCUGCCCUAUACCCAUUCAAGGGCCUCUCAGCGACCUUCAGGAUAUCCCAAGCGCCGGGUACCUACGAUCCAUUAUACCUCAGACCAUGUCAGUGAAUCUCAUUGUCAGUAUCAUCACCAUCCAACCGCCUCGUCGCAUCGUGACCCGGCAAUGGCAAAAAGAAUUGGAUAUUGUCGAAGUCGUGGUGGGGGAUGAAACGAGGACUGGAUUUGGCGUUACGUUCUGGCUUUCACCGACGAACACGGCCUUGAGACCUACGAGCAGAGGGAACAAAGACGAACUGAAGGAGUCCUUGGCUGGUCUCCGCCCUCGGGAUAUUGUUCUGAUGCGCAUGGUUGGCCUGAGUUCAUUCCAGGAACGGGUGCAUGGUCAAAGUCUGCGAAGAGGAGUGACGAAAGUCGACCUGCUGCAUCGACAACGAGUGGAUGCAUCGGACGCAGGCGGCAUUUACGGACCGAAGAGUCUCAAGAAAAAGAAUGCUGCCAAGGACGAGGCCGAUGAUCUGCCGUUGAUGAAGGUGCGUAAGGUGCGAGAGUGGAUCAUGCGCUUUGUGGACUCGACGACGGAUCGAGCAGGCGGUGAUACAAGAAUGUGCCAGUGGGCGGCCGAACGUGGGCAGGCACUGCCUCCGGAUACGCAGUAG